AUGCCUACGGGUACUGGAAAAACUGUGGCAAUUUUUUCUCUCAUAACUUCGUAUCAGUAUUAUAAAAAUGAUGACAGUAAAUUUAUUUUUUGCACACGUACUGUUGCCGAAAUGGAAAAAUCAUUAAUUGAAUUAAAAAAGGUUAUAAAUUAUAGAAUAAAUAUAAUAAAAAAACGGAAUGAAUUGUCAGAACAAAUUGUAAAGACUGAUAUAAAAGAGGAUAGUGAUAUGAUAAGGAAUGAAUAUAAGGAUGAAGAAGGAGAUAAUGGAUGGAGUAGGUUUGGCAAGAACAGUGAAAUAUUAGCAAUGGGUAUUAGUGCUAGACGUUGUAUGUGUGUAAAUGAAAAAGUGUUAUUAAAACAUGAAAGAGAAAAGAUUGAUGAAGAAUGUCAUAAAUUAACAGCUACAUUUGUUAGAGAAAAAAAAUAUAUAAGUAAAAAAUUAAAUAAUUAUUCCAAUAGUAAUAUUGAUAGAAUAUCUGAUUUUAUAAUAAAAAAUAAGCAUCAUAUAGAUAUGGAAGAUUAUUUUAGUAUUUAUAAUUCAAAAAAUAGUAUUAGUGAAUAUAAUGAUUUAGGUUUAUGUGGUUAUUUUGAAAAUUAUAAAAAAGAUUUUGUAUACGAAUUAAUUGAACCUGGUGUGUAUACAAUUGAGGAAUUAAAGACAUUAUGUAAAAAUUAUAAAAAUCGUGAAAAUAUGAAUGCUCCGAUAUGCCCAUAUUUUUGUGCAAAAAAAAUUAUUGAAAUAGCUAAAGUUAUUGUAUUAAAUUAUCAAUAUAUAAUUGAUCCUAAGGUUUCAAAAUCUAUAUUUUUAGGCAAAGAUAUAAAUAAUCGAGUAAAUUAUAAAAAAAAUGAUAUAAUUGUAUUUGAUGAAGCUCACAAUAUUGACAGUGUAUGUUUAGAAGCAUUGAGUGUUAAUAUUGAUCGAUCUAUACUAAAUAAGGCAUCAAUGAAUAUUACAACUUUAUUUAAAAAAAUAGAAAAAUCAAGAAUCGUUAAUGAGGAUAAGUUGAGGGAAGAAUGUUACAAAAUAUUAAAGAAGAUUAAAUCAGGAAAGGAAGAAUAUAAUUCAAUGUUAAAUAAAAAUGGAGAGCCAAUUGAAUCAAUAAAUAGUGGCAAUAAACUGUUUAGUGAAAAUAGAGGGGAUAUGUUUACACAAUUAAGUAGUGGAAAUGAAAAUAACGACAACAAUUUAGAGUCUCAAAAUAAAAAAAAUCAGCAAGAUGAAAUAUACUUUGACGAAGAAAUGAAUUUAGUGUUUCGAGGACUCAUGGGGGAAGAGCCUAAUAAUAAGGAGGGGGAUGACAUUGAAAAACUUACAGAUAAGGUAAUUAUAGAUGAUUUAAAAAAAAUAUUAAACAUUGAUGAUAAGGAGAAUGAUGAUGUAAAGGAUAAGGAUAAGGACAAGUCCAAUUUAGAGGAAAUAAAUUAUAGUCCGCUUUUAAUGGAGGAUAUUAUAAAAAAUGUAGUGAUGCCAGGAAAUAUAAGAAAAUCUGAACAUUUUUUAAAUUUGAUGAGAAUAGUAGUAGUUUAUUUAAAAAAAUAUAUAAAUAUAUAUGAAGUAACAUCUGAAGGUCCAUUAUCAUUUUUAUAUAAAUGUGAAAAAGAUACAAAGUUAGAUACAUCUUUUUUUAAAUAUAGUUUUGAUAGAUUAAAAAGUUUAUUAAAUGCAUUACAGGUAGUGGAUACUGAUGAUUAUUCAUCAUUAAAUGUAGUAUGUAAUUUUUGUACAUUAAUAGGUAAUUAUUUUAAAGGGUUUAUAAUAAUAUGUGAGCCAUAUCCUGAAGCAACAGGAAUUUAUGACCCGGUCAUACAAUUUGCAUGUUUAGAUUCAUCAAUUGCAAUGAAAUCUGUAUUGAAUAGAUAUAAAUCCGUUGUUUUAACAAGUGGUACUAUAACCCCUCUUGAGCUUUAUCCAAAAUUAUUAAAUUUCAGUACAGUAUUAACAGCAUCAUUUCCUAUGUCCUUUGAUAGAAAUUGUGUAUGCCCUCUUAUUGUAACAAAAAGUUCUGAUUUGAUUCCAUUAUCUUCUCAAUAUUCAUUACGUAAUGAUUUAAAUGUAAUUAAAAAUUACGGUUUUUUAUUAGUAGAGAUGUGUAAAAAUAUACCAGAUGGUAUAAUCUCUUAUUUUCCUUCAUAUAUAUAUAUGGAGCAUGUUAUGUCAACAUGGUAUGAGUUAGGAAUAAUAUCAAAUAUAUUAGAAUAUAAAUUAAUAUUUAUUGAAACAAAAGAUAUAGUAUCAACAACAAUUGCAUUACAUAAUUUUAAAAAAGCAUGUGACUUAGGAAAAGGAGCCGUUUUUUUAUCAAUUUGUAGAGGUAAAAUAGCUGAAGGUAUUGAUUUUGAUAAGCAUUAUGGGAAGUGUGUGAUUUUAUUUGGUAUACCAUAUCAAUAUACAUUAUCAAGAAUAUUAAAAGCAAGACUUGAUUUUUUAAAGGAAACAUAUAAUAUACAAGAGAAUGAAUUUUUAACUUUUGAUGCGAUGAGACAAGCUUCUCAAUGUGUAGGAAGAAUUAUAAGAAAUAAAAAAGAUUAUGGUAUUAUGAUUUUUUCUGAUAUUAGAUAUGCAAGGAAUGAUAAAAAAGGUAAAUUGCCACCAUGGAUUAUUAAAUGUAUGGAUGUAUCAAAUAUUAAUUUAACUAUUGGAGCCGGUGUAAGUAUUUCUAAAAAGUUUCUUCUUAAUAUGUCUCAAGAAUAUAAAGAGACUGAUCAAACUAAAAUAUCACAAGUUAUUUUGCAAAACCCUAGCAAAUGUUGGGAUAUAGUUAAAUCCGUUCUCAAUAUGGAUGAUUUCAUUUGA